AUGGAUACACAGUGCGCAGCUUGUGAGAACAAUUAUUUCGACUUUCUUGCAAAAUAUCAUCGCAACAACGAAGCUAGUUUGCAAUAUUUGCGAGACCACGGUGUUCUUCCAGUGGAUGUACAGUGCCCGCACUGCAAGACACCGUGUCAUUAUAGAAAAGACAGACACCAGUGGGUUUGUGGUGCUUGGACAAAGAUCGCAAAGACAAAAAGGAGAAAACAGUGCAAUUUCACGGUAAGCGACUACAAAGGGACAUUUCUCUCGGGAACUAGACUUGAACCCUUUCAAAUACUCUCCUUCGUUAAUCACUGGCUAAGCAAACACUGGGAUCAUCAGACCGUUAUUGGGUGCCUCCAUAUUGCCGAGCGCACGAGUGUGGACUGGCGAAGCUUCUGCUCCGAGGUUACAGAGCAGUGGCUUGACAACCAGGAACCCAUAGGUGGACCAGGAAUUGUGGUAGAAGUUGACGAGACACUCUUUGGCAAGCGAAAAUAUGAGAUCGGGAGGCUACUGAGCCAGAUAUGGGUGUUCGGCGGAAUCGAGCGCGUCAGCAAGAAGCUAUUCCUUGUCCCCCUUGUUGAACUCCUGAGCAGGAAACGUGACGCAGAAACCCUCAUACCUCUUAUAAACAAGUAUAUUCUCCCCGGGUCAGUCAUCGUAAGUGACGGAUGGAGUGCAUAUCGGACAAUUAGCAAACACGGAUAUGAACACCAAGUGAUAAACCACACGGAACACUUUGUCAAUCCCGAGAACCCGGAGAUCCACACUCAGAACAUUGAGCGGUUGUGGCGUGACGUUAAAGAGUGGAGCAAGAGACCAGGUAAUAGACAAGAAUUCUAUAAAUAA